GAAAUGCCACGUGUCCACACUGCGCAUGCGCGACGAGCUCUCCGCUGAUCCCGACUUCCGGUGAAAGAGGAGAAGUGUUACACGAUUACUCCGACCCAGGCCCGUCGUUCCUCACCCGUAGCUAAUCCAACGGGGGUGUUCUUCGUUAACAGCCAUGAUAGCCGAACGAGCCAGCUAAUCAAACUAUUAAAUAAACCAGCAGACAUUAUAGAACAGCAGGUUUUAAAAAGGACGUUAACCUAGCUAGCUAGCUAAAGGCGUAGCUAGCUGUUAGCCAAACCAGGUCUGUUUCAAGAUGUCAACCGCGGGGUUUAACGCCCAGAACGGGACGGGGACGGGGCAGACAUAUGCGAAUGGUCCGUCGCAGAAUCCAGUUGCUCUGCAGCAGCUGCCAGGGGUCAACUAUGGCAUGACUCACCAACCAACCUACAAUCCCAUGCAGGCCAAAGCUCCCACACCACCGGGCCCCCCUGGACUCUACCCCUCCGGGCCAUACCAACCGGUAACCCCGGUCUGUUCCUACCAGCCCGGCCCACCACUCACAUCCUACCCAGCUCCUUCAGGCCAGGCGCUGUUGACGAGGCCUCUAAUGGGAGGUCCUCCAUCCCAUACCCCUCCUCAGUCUGCCAGCCCUGGUCCGAGGCUGCCCCCUGCACAGGCCACACCUCCACCUCCUGCUGUGUCUUCUAGUAGCUACUACCCAAACCCCCAGCAGCAGCAGCAGCACCAGCACCACCAGCAGCAGCACCACCAGCACCAGCCCAUGGCUCCGACAUGGCAGUACAACACAGCUCCCCCACCAAUGGGGCCACCCACUUCCAUUAGCACACCUCCCCGCGGCCCAGUGGCUAAUCAUGUGAACCCGGCUGCAAGCUCGCCGCUGCCACCACCGUCAUCAACAGUUUACAGCCAUGCACCACCACCACCACCCCAUGUGUCCCAUAGUGUCACCCAGCCACCAGGCCCAGGGAUGCCCCGAACCCCUCUGCAUGGAUACACCCAGCCAGGUACUGCACCCCCACCAAUGACUCCCAUGGCUCCCCAGGCAUACCAACCCAACAGAGGUCCCUAUGGCCCCCCACCUACAGGUCCACCACCAACCAUGAAACCCACACCGCCUCCCACUGGACCCCCAAUGGGCAAUGCCACACCUCCACCCCCAAAGGCAGAUGCUCAGUGUGGGGGUGCCGUUAACAACACUCUGCCCCCCACUGAGCCCGACUGCCAGGAGGGUGAUAUUGAAUGUCCAGGGACUGUGGCUGGCAAUGGCCCACAAGCACCAAACAGCUAUAAUCAUGUUGACAACAAAAUGGCUGGCCCUCCCCAGCCUGGACCGCCUGGACCUCCUGGUCGACACCUGGGCCACUACCCCUCUCCCCCUGGGUACCAGAACAACCCAGCUCCCCACAACGCCGCCUCCCCCCCCAUGCACCCUGCCAUGCAGGCCGCCACGCAGCCUUACAGUCAAACACCUCAUCCGUACCAGCAGCCACCUGUUGGCCCAGGGCCCGCCCAACUGAGCCCGUCCCUGGCAGCCAUGAGCCUCCAGUCCAGCACCCCGGAGGCCCUGAGGGUGGUCAACCUGCUGCAGGAGAGGAACCUGCUCCCACCGAGCCCGAUCCCCGCCCCGACACCCUGCCUCCCGCAGGACCUGCAGAGGAUCAACUGCAACCCAGAGGUUUUUCGGAGUACGCUGACCAGCAUCCCUCAGACUCAGUCACUGCUCAAUAAAGCCAAGAUGCCGCUGGGCCUGCUGCUGCACCCCUUCAAAGACCUCUCGCAGCUUCCUGUGGUGACAUCCAGCACCAUCGUCAGGUGUCGUUCAUGCAGAACCUACAUCAAUCCCUUCGUCACUUUCCUGGACCAGAGGAGGUGGAAGUGCAACCUGUGCUAUCGGGUCAAUGACGUUCCGGAGGAGUUUAUGUACAACCCAGUCAGCAGAUCGUACGGAGAGCCACACAAAAGACCCGAGGUCCAGAACGCCACCAUCGAAUUCAUUGCUCCCUCAGAAUACAUGCUGAGGCCACCACAGCCUGCUGUUUACCUCUUCAUUCUCGACGUAUCCCACAAUGCAGUGGAGACGGGCUACCUGAGUGUGUUCUGCCAGUCGCUGCUGGACAACAUCAAUGCGCUUCCUGGAGACUCUCGAACAAAGGUGGGCUUCAUCACCUUCGACAGCACCAUCCACUUCUACAACCUCCAGGAAGGACUUUCUCAGCCUCAGAUGCUCAUCGUGUCCGACAUCGAAGAUAUCUUUUUACCAACACCAGACAGCCUUCUAGUAAACCUCAAUGAAUGCAAAGAACUUGUGCAGGAUCUGCUGAAGAGCCUGCCGACUUUAUUUGAAAAGACCAUGGAGACUCAGUCUGCCCUGGGUUCAGCUCUGCAAGCAGCCUUCAAGCUGCUGUCUCCCACCGGAGGGCGCAUGUCUAUCUUUCAGACCCAGCUGCCUAACCUCGGUGUGGGGGCUCUCCAGUCCAGAGAAGACCCCAACCAACGGGCGUCUGCCAAGGACAUCCAGCACUUAUCCCCAGCGACUGACUUCUACAAGAAGCUGGCUCUGGACUGCUCCGGCCAGCAGGUGGCGGUCGACCUGUUCCUGCUCAGCUCUCAGUACUGCGACCUGGCAUCGCUCGGCUGCAUAUCCAGAUACUCGGCAGGGAGCGUUUACUACUACCCCUCCUACCACCACCAGCACAACCCCGCUCAGGUGGAGUGCUUCCAGAAGGAUCUGAAGAGAUACAUAACCAGGAAGAUCGGCUUCGAGGCCGUCAUGAGGAUACGCUGCACCAAAGGUAUGUCCAUCCACACGUUCCACGGAAACUUCUUUGUGCGCUCCACGGAUCUGUUGUCCCUCCCCAACGUGAACCCAGACGCUGGCUUUGCGGUUCAGAUGUCCAUCGAGGAAAACCUGGACGACAUGCAGAGCGUCUCUUUCCAGGCUGCACUGCUUUACACGUCCAGCAAAGGAGAGAGGAGGAUCCGUGUCCACACCUUGUGUCUCCCUGUGGUCAAUUCUCUGUCAGACAUCUUUGCUGGAGCUGAUGUUCAGGCCAUCACUGGACUGCUGGCUUGCAUGGCUGUGGACCGCUCGGCGACGGCCAGUCUGAGCGAUGCCAGAGAUGCGAUGACCAACGCUGCCAUCGACUCGCUGACGUCGUACCGGCAGUCCGUGUUGACCAUCCAGCAGCCCGGCCUGCUGGCCCCGGCCUGCCUCCGACUCUUCCCCCUCUUCAUCCUCGCCCUGCUCAAACAGAAAUCCUUCAGGACGGGCACCAGCACCAGGCUGGAUGACCGGGUGUUUGCCAUGUGUCAGCUGAAGUACCAGCCGCUGGUCUACGCCAUGCUGAUGAUCCACCCGGCCCUGUACCGCAUCGACGAUCUGACCGACGAGGGAGCUUUGAACAUCAACGAGCGGACCAUCCCUCAGCCCAGAGUGCUGCAGCUGUCUGUGGAGAAGCUCAGCAGGGAGGCGGCGUUCCUCAUGGAUGCUGGAACGGUGAUGUAUCUGUGGAUCGGACGAAACUGCCACCCCAACUUCCUCACACAAGUCCUGGGAGUUCCCAGCUACGCUGCUGUGCCUGACAACCUGUAUCUGCUCCCGGAGCUGGACACCGCCGAGUCGCAGAGAACCAGAGCUUUCAUCGGCUGGCUGAGGGAUCAGAGGCCGUUCUUCCCCUCCCUGCAUGUCAUCAGGGACGAGAGCCAGCUGAAACCCACCUUUAUGCAGAACAUGAUCGAGGACCGAACAGAGUCGGCCCUGUCCUACUACGAGUUCCUGCUCCACCUCCAACAGCAAAUCUCCAAAUAAUCUUCAGUGGGACUUUGGAGACGAGGAAACACUGAAGCAAGGACGCUCAUCAGUGUGUGUGUGUGUGUGCGUGUGUGUGUGCGUAUGUAUGUAUAUGGUGUGUGUGAAAGCAGUGUGAGUCAGACUCGAGGAUGCCUCUUGCUCCAUCUCUAGCUGCGGUUCACCAUCUCUCUCUAGAAAAAAAGCUGAACUGACGUGAACUCUCGUCACUCAAAUCAAACCAUGUGACGGACAGUGCGAGGACCGAGCGUGACAAAGAAUCGAUUCUGAUGCUUAUGUGGCACUUUUUUUCUCUUUUUUUUUUUGGCUCUUUUUUAACCCAGCCGAAGCUACGCGUUUCAAUGAAGAAGAAAAUAAAGCAAGAAAUCCAAGAAGAUGAUGGUGAUUAUGUAUGUGAAUGAUCGAAUGAAUCAGUGUUUAUUCUCAUAGAACAAUGCUGUCUUACUAAGGUAUCGUUCAGAUACAGUCCAGGCAAACUGAGGUGUUUUUGUUCAAAAAGCACAGUCGUCUUUGCUGAAACGAGUUAAACGUGUGUGUGUGUGUGUGUGUGUGUGUGCGUGUGUGUGCGUGCGUGUGUGCUUAAGACUAGGUUUAUGAGGAAGGUUAAUGUGUCUGCACUCAAAGACUGUUAUAGAGUGCCACAGGGAGUAUUUGUACGCAGAACACCUGAGCUCUAACAACACUCAUCAUAUUGUACCUGAAGGACAGAAUGUGUGUGUGCUCUUUUAAAAAAAAAAAAUUCUCAGUUAUUAUAAUUGUGUGUCGGAAAAUAAAUGCGUAGACUGUGUUGUUAAAAGGCCGCCGCCAUCGCUGCGUUGAAUGUGUGGACGCGACAGCGGGAAGUCGUUUGCAUUGGUCUGAUCUGUCCUUCAGAAACUCUCCGUCAUCUUUUUUUUUUUUUUUUCUUCUCUUUGGACAUUCACAACACCUCUGCCGACGUCGCUGUUCUGUUGGUUCAUUUCAUCGUUUUCCGAUUAUCUAAUAAUUUAUGAGACUCCCAAUCUGAUUAAAUUCUAUAAUUGCCUUGUAUGGGAAGUCACUUUUUAUUAUUAAACCUCUGUUUAAAUACAGACUCUAUAUAUGAAAUAUUUUAAUAUAAUAGGAUAUGGGAAAUUCUUUAACACAGACAUAACAAAGCCAUUGUGAUCUUUUAAUCAUGCUUAUUGAUACUUGUAUAUUGAAAAAGACUGCGUUAUAUAGAGUUGAAGAAAUGCUGAUGAUUUUAGUAUAAACAUUAAGGUGAAAUGACGCUAAGGAAAUAAAAUCUUUGGGACUUUUUAAAUGUAGUUCUGUGUUUUGGUGGGUGAGAAGUGUUUAUUCAGUGAAAGCGAAGACGACAAAACACAAUAUGGACCAAUAAUAGUCCGUUUUUCUCGUGACUAGGCUUGAAUUGAAGUUUUUUUUUUUUUGAUUUGGUCUGAUUUCAUACAACUUGUAAUCUAUGUAUCAUAUCAGCAAAAAUGUAUUUAGGAACAGAUAAAUAUGUUUUGGCCUUCAUGCAAAAAAUUGUCUUUCAUAAGAAAAUAUAUAUAUAUGAAAAAUAAAAAAUAGCCUGUGUUUGGACAGAGUAAAUUUCAGAGGUCUGGACUAAAUUAUG